AUUCACUUAAAUCAAUCAGUCCCUUCAUUUCUCCCCCUCGAGGGAAACCCAAAAAACAAAUCGUUCUAUCUUACCUUCUUCUACAACACUCUGUAAUAAACCCUAACAUUUCCCCAAUUUCUUCUCUGCCUCUCAAAUUCAUCUUCAAUCUUCAUUUACUAUCCUAGUUUUUCUCCCUGUCAGGGUUUGGAUUAAGUAUAGGGUUUAGGGUUUUGUAGUUAAAGAUGUGGAACGGUAAUAAUCCUAUGGCGCCACCGCCGGCGCCAGGAACCUCGAUACCUCCGCCGCCGGCGAUGCAACCUUCGUACACGGUGCUUCAACCACCUCCGCAACAACCACCGCAGCAGGAAUCUCCUGCUGAAGCUGAAGCUAGGCUUGAAGAGAAAGCAAGGAAAUGGAUGCAGCUUAAUUCUAAACGUUAUGGUGAUAAGCGGAAGUUUGGAUUUGUUGAAACUCAGAAGGAAGAUAUGCCUCCUGAACAUGUUCGUAAGAUUAUUCGUGAUCAUGGUGACAUGUCAUCGAAGAAAUACCGUCAUGAUAAGCGCGUAUACCUUGGGGCCUUGAAGUUUGUUCCCCAUGCUGUCUACAAGCUUCUUGAGAAUAUGCCAAUGCCUUGGGAACAGGUUCGUGAUGUCAAAGUUCUAUAUCAUAUUACUGGAGCAAUCACAUUUGUAAAUGAAAUACCGUGGGUUGUUGAACCUAUUUAUUUGGCUCAAUGGGGUACAAUGUGGAUUAUGAUGAGAAGAGAAAAGAGAGACCGUCGGCACUUCAAAAGAAUGCGGUUUCCACCUUUUGAUGAUGAGGAACCUCCGUUGGAUUAUGCUGAUAAUGUUUUAGAUGUGGAUCCGUUGGAACCAAUUCAACUAGAGUUGGAUGAGGAAGAAGAUUCUGCUGUGUAUACGUGGUUCUUUGAUCACAAACCACUUGUAAAAACGAAACUUAUCAAUGGUCCAAGUUAUAGAAGAUGGCAUCUUUCACUGCCUAUAAUGGCAACUCUAUAUAGGUUUGCUGGACAAUUGCUUUCUGAUAUGGUGGACCGGAAUUACUUCUAUUUGUUCGACAUGGAAUCAUUUUUCACUGCAAAAGCUUUGAACAUGUGCAUACCUGGUGGCCCAAAGUUUGAGCCCUUGUACCGUGACAUGGAGAAGGGCGAUGAGGACUGGAACGAGUUUAAUGACAUCAACAAACUGAUUAUCCGGUCACCACUUCGUACAGAGUAUAAAAUCGCUUUUCCACAUUUGUACAACAACAGACCCAGAAAAGUAAGGCUUGGCAUUUACCACACACCGAUGGUUAUGUAUAUAAAGACAGAGGACCCCGAUCUUCCGGCGUUUUAUUAUGACCCAUUGAUUCACCCAAUAACCUCUGCUCCCAAGGACCGUCGGGAUAAGAAAGCCUAUGAAGAAGAAGACGAUGAUGAGUUUGAGCUCCCUGAAGGUGUAGAGCCUUUGCUGAUUGACACUCAGCUUUAUACUGAUACUACUGCUGCUGGUAUAUCAUUGCUGUGUGCUCCAAGGCCUUUUAACAUGAGGUCUGGUCGGACAAGACGUGCUGAAGAUAUUCCUCUUGUUUCAGAGUGGUACAAGGAGCAUUGCCCGCCCUCAUAUCCUGUCAAGGUUCGAGUCAGCUAUCAGAAGUUGCUGAAAUGUUUUGUGCUGAAUGAGCUGCAUCAUAGGCCUCCAAAAGCUCAAAAGAAGAAACAUCUGUUUAGAUCUCUUGCAGCUACCAAGUUUUUCCAGAGUACUGAACUCGAUUGGGUUGAAGUUGGUCUGCAGGUUUGCAGGCAAGGGUACAACAUGUUGAAUUUGCUGAUUCACAGGAAAAAUCUGAACUAUCUACAUCUUGAUUAUAAUUUCAAUCUGAAGCCUGUGAAGACACUUACUACCAAGGAACGUAAGAAGUCACGUUUUGGGAAUGCAUUUCACCUGUGCCGUGAAAUUCUGCGUUUGACAAAGCUUGUAGUUGAUGCCAAUGUGCAGUUCCGAUUGGGUAAUGUUGAUGCCUUUCAACUAGCUGAUGGCUUGCAAUACAUAUUUUCACAUGUUGGACAGUUGACAGGAAUGUACCGUUACAAGUACAGGCUCAUGAGACAGAUCAGAAUGUGCAAGGACUUGAAGCACCUAAUUUAUUAUCGUUUCAAUACUGGUCCAGUUGGGAAGGGACCUGGAUGUGGUUUCUGGGCACCUAUGUGGAGGGUCUGGCUAUUCUUCCUUCGUGGCAUAGUGCCAUUGCUGGAGAGGUGGCUGGGUAACCUACUUGCUAGACAGUUUGAAGGUCGACAUUCAAAAGGAGUAGCCAAAACAGUUACCAAGCAGCGUGUUGAAAGUCACUUUGAUUUGGAGCUUCGAGCUGCUGUUAUGCAUGAUGUCUUGGAUGCAAUGCCAGAGGGUAUUAAGCAAAAUAAGGCGAGAACCAUAUUGCAGCAUCUGAGUGAAGCUUGGCGUUGUUGGAAAGCAAAUAUCCCCUGGAAGGUUCCUGGUCUGCCUGUCCCUAUUGAAAAUAUGAUCCUUCGUUAUGUGAAGGCAAAAGCAGAUUGGUGGACUAAUGUUGCUCAUUAUAACCGUGAACGUAUUAGAAGAGGUGCCACUGUAGAUAAGACAGUUUGUCGUAAGAAUCUUGGGAGGUUGACUCGUUUAUGGCUGAAAGCGGAGCAAGAACGCCAACACAAUUAUUUGAAGGAUGGACCAUAUGUUACACCUGAAGAAGCUGUGGCUAUCUACACCACCACUGUGCAUUGGCUGGAAUCUAGGAAGUUCUCUCCCAUACCGUUCCCACCUCUUUCAUAUAAGCAUGAUACCAAACUUCUUAUUCUUGCUUUGGAGAGGUUGAAAGAGUCAUACAGUGUUGCUGUUAGAUUAAACCAGCAGCAGAGAGAAGAAUUGGGUCUUAUCGAGCAGGCGUAUGAUAACCCGCAUGAGGCGUUGUCAAGAAUCAAGCGACAUCUGCUCACUCAGCGUGCCUUUAAAGAAGUUGGCAUUGAGUUUAUGGAUCUAUAUAGUUAUCUCAUUCCUGUUUAUGAGAUUGAGCCUCUUGAAAAGAUUACAGAUGCUUAUCUUGAUCAAUAUCUGUGGUAUGAAGGGGACAAGAGGCAUUUGUUCCCAAAUUGGGUGAAACCGGCAGAUACUGAACCACCUCCUCUCUUGGUGUACAAAUGGUGCCAAGGUAUUAAUAACCUGCAAGGUAUUUGGGAUACAGGUGAUGGGCAGUGUGUGGUGAUGCUGCAGACUAAAUUUGAAAAGUUCUUUGAGAAGAUUGAUCUGACUAUGCUUAACAGGCUUCUGCGUUUGAUUCUUGAUCACAAUAUUGCUGAUUACGUUACUGCCAAAAACAAUGUGGUUCUGUCUUACAAGGAUAUGAGUCAUACCAACUCUUAUGGACUGAUACGUGGUCUUCAGUUUGCUUCCUUUGUUGUACAAUAUUAUGGUCUUGUUCUUGAUCUUCUUCUUCUGGGAUUGACCCGAGCUAGUGAAAUUGCUGGUCCCCCACAGAUGCCAAAUGAAUUCAUGACUUUCUGGGAUACAAAGGUUGAAACUAGGCAUCCUAUUCGGCUGUAUUCUCGUUAUAUAGAUAAGGUGCAUAUAUUAUUUCGCUUCACUCACGAAGAGGCCCGAGAUCUUAUUCAGCGGUAUCUUACUGAGCAUCCUGAUCCCAAUAAUGAAAAUAUGGUUGGUUACAACAACAAGAAGUGCUGGCCCAGAGAUGCUCGCAUGAGGCUCAUGAAGCACGAUGUCAAUUUGGGUAGAAGUGUUUUCUGGGACAUGAAGAAUCGUCUUCCGCGGAGCAUCACAACUUUAGAGUGGGAGAACAGUUUUGUAUCGGUCUACAGCAAGGACAAUCCUAAUUUGCUAUUUAGUAUGUGCGGGUUUGAAGUGCGGAUCUUGCCUAAAAUUAGGAUGACACAAGAGGCAUUUAGCAACACGAAGGAUGGGGUCUGGAACUUGCAGAAUGAGCAGACUAAAGAACGAACUGCUGUUGCGUUCUUGAGGGUUGAUGAUGAACAUAUGAAAGUUUUUGAGAAUCGUGUGCGACAGAUCCUUAUGUCUUCUGGUUCUACAACCUUUACUAAGAUUGUGAACAAAUGGAACACUGCCCUCAUUGGCCUCAUGACUUACUUCCGUGAGGCCACUGUGCAUACUCAGGAGCUGUUGGACUUGCUGGUGAAGUGUGAAAACAAAAUUCAAACUCGUAUUAAGAUUGGAUUGAACUCCAAAAUGCCUAGCAGGUUUCCUCCUGUCAUCUUUUACACACCGAAGGAAAUUGGAGGUCUUGGAAUGCUGUCAAUGGGUCACAUUCUGAUUCCACAAAGUGACCUUCGAUACAGUAAACAGACUGAUGUUGGCGUGACACACUUCAGGAGUGGUAUGAGCCAUGAAGAGGAUCAGUUGAUUCCUAAUCUUUACAGAUACAUCCAGCCGUGGGAGAGUGAGUUCAUUGAUUCACAGCGUGUUUGGGCAGAGUAUGCACUGAAGAGGCAAGAAGCACAAUCCCAAAAUCGGCGUCUAACCUUGGAAGAUUUGGAAGAUUCUUGGGAUCGUGGUAUACCUCGAAUUAAUACUUUGUUUCAGAAGGAUCGUCAUACUUUGGCAUAUGAUAAAGGUUGGAGAGUUCGCACUGAUUUCAAGCAAUAUCAAGUUUUGAAACAAAAUCCAUUCUGGUGGACACAUCAGCGGCAUGACGGAAAACUUUGGAAUUUGAAUAAUUACAGAACUGAUGUAAUUCAAGCACUUGGAGGUGUAGAAGGAAUUCUGGAGCAUACUUUGUUCAAGGGAACGUACUUCCCGACAUGGGAGGGUCUCUUUUGGGAGAAAGCAUCUGGUUUUGAGGAGUCCAUGAAGUAUAAAAAACUUACAAAUGCUCAAAGAUCUGGUUUGAACCAGAUUCCUAAUCGGAGGUUCACACUCUGGUGGUCUCCUACUAUAAAUCGUGCCAAUGUCUAUGUGGGUUUCCAAGUGCAGCUUGAUUUGACUGGAAUUUUUAUGCAUGGAAAAAUUCCAACUUUGAAGAUAUCUCUCAUUCAGAUAUUCCGUGCUCACUUAUGGCAGAAGAUCCAUGAAAGUGUUGUCAUGGAUCUUUGCCAAGUUCUGGACCAGGAGCUGGAUGCUUUAGAAAUUGAGACGGUGCAAAAAGAAACAAUCCAUCCUCGGAAAAGUUAUAAGAUGAACAGUUCUUGUGCAGACAUACUUCUGUUUGCUGCUCAUAGGUGGCCAAUGUCAAAACCAAGUUUGGUGGCAGAGACAAAAGAUGUAUUUGACCAGAAGGCCAGCAAUAAGUAUUGGAUAGAUGUUCAACUCCGUUGGGGAGAUUAUGAUUCUCAUGAUAUUGAGCGAUACACCAGAGCAAAGUUCUUGGACUACACGACAGAUAAUAUGUCUAUAUAUCCGUCGCCCAUGGGUGUUAUGAUUGGACUUGAUCUGGCUUACAACUUGCAUUCGGCUUUUGGUAACUGGUUCCCUGGAUCCAAACCUCUGCUUGCCCAAGCUAUGAAUAAAAUCAUGAAGUCAAAUCCCGCUCUUUAUGUUCUGAGAGAGCGUAUAAGGAAAGGUCUGCAGCUGUACUCUUCUGAACCUACUGAGCCUUAUUUGUCAUCCCAAAAUUACGGAGAGAUAUUCAGCAAUCAGAUUAUAUGGUUUGUUGACGAUACUAAUGUCUAUCGUGUGACAAUUCAUAAGACAUUUGAAGGAAAUCUCACAACAAAACCGAUCAAUGGUGCUAUAUUCAUAUUUAAUCCCCGAACCGGGCAACUGUUUCUGAAGGUCAUUCACACAAGUGUGUGGGCCGGACAGAAACGUCUGGGUCAGCUGGCCAAGUGGAAAACUGCUGAAGAAGUUGCCGCUCUUGUUCGGUCUUUACCUGUUGAAGAACAACCAAAGCAGAUUAUUGUGACUCGUAAAGGGAUGUUGGAUCCUUUGGAAGUGCAUUUGCUUGAUUUCCCAAACAUAGUUAUCAAAGGAAGUGAACUGCAGCUUCCUUUCCAAGCCUGCUUAAAGAUAGAGAAAUUUGGUGAUCUCAUUUUAAAGGCUACGGAACCACAAAUGGUUUUGUUUAACAUUUAUGAUGAUUGGCUGAAGAGUAUAUCUUCUUAUACUGCAUUCUCUCGGCUCAUCCUCAUACUCCGGGCACUUCAUGUGAACAAUGAAAAAGCAAAGAUGUUGCUGAAGCCUGAUAGGACUGUUAUCACUGAAGCUCAUCAUAUAUGGCCUUCUCUCUCUGAUGAUCAAUGGAUGAAGGUUGAGGUUGCUUUGAGAGAUCUUAUACUUUCUGAUUAUGCCAAGAAAAACAAUGUGAACACUUCAGCCUUGACUCAGUCUGAGAUUCGUGAUAUCAUUCUCGGGGCUGAGAUUACUCCUCCAUCCCAGCAGAGACAGCAGAUUGCUGAGAUUGAGAAGCAGGCCAAGGCUUCUAGUCAACUGCAAGCAGUCACAACAAAAACUGUCAAUGUGCAUGGUGAGGAAUUAAUUGUCACUACCACGAGUCCGUAUGAGCAGGCAGCUUUUGGCUCCAAGACAGAUUGGCGUGUCAGAGCAAUUUCUGCGACUAAUCUGUAUUUGCGUGUAAAUCAUAUUUAUGUCAACUCUGAGGACAUAAAGGAGACAGGAUAUACCUACAUUAUGCCGAAGAAUAUUCUGAAAAAGUUCAUCUGCGUAGCAGAUUUGAGAACACAGAUUGCAGGGUACUUGUAUGGUAUUAGUCCCCCGGACAAUCCUCAGGUGAAAGAAAUUCGAUGUAUUGCUAUGCCACCACAAUGGGGUACUCAUCAGCAUGUUAAUCUUCCCUCCCAACUGCCAGAGCAUGAUUUCUUGAAUGACCUGGAACCCUUGGGGUGGAUGCAUACACAACCAAAUGAACUUCCUCAGCUCUCACCGCAGGAUGUAACAAGCCAUGCUCGCGUUUUGGAGAGCAAUAAGCAAUGGGAUGGGGAAAAGUGCAUCAUUCUUACUUGCAGUUUUACUCCCGGUUCAUGUUCACUGACCGCCUACAAGCUCACCCCAUCAGGAUAUGAGUGGGGACGUGCAAACAAAGAUACUGGUAGUAACCCACAUGGGUAUCUUCCUACUCAUUACGAGAAAGUCCAGAUGCUACUAAGUGAUCGGUUCCUAGGCUUCUACAUGAUUCCUGACAGCGGUCCCUGGAAUUACAACUUUAUGGGGGUGAAGCAUACUGUCAGCAUGAAAUAUGGUGUCAAGCUUGGGACUCCCAAAGAGUAUUACCAUGAGGAACAUCGUCCUACUCAUUACUUAGAAUUCAGCAACAUGGAGGAUGUCGAUACUGUCGAAGUAGACAGAGAAGACACUUAUACUUGAUCUUAUAGCAUUUCAUCAUCAGUGAGCAAAAAAAUUGGUUUUCUUUUAAUUCGACAGUUCAAUGUAAUGAGGAUAGUUAGUCGUUAAAUUGUACCUUUUUGUCGAUUAAGUGUAAAAUACAGCGAAUCUACAAUCUAGCACCCUUAGUAUGGUUGUUGCUGUUGGCCUAUUGUAGCUGUAAAUAUAAUAUGGAAAUUUUUCAAAGUUUUCAUAAACGUUUCAUUGUUUUCUUGCAUUAUGUUUAAAUCAUGUUUACUGGUGCAUUUUUUAUUAAUGUACCAUUAAUAUGACAAACUUUCAUUUUUA